CAGACAGAAAUCUGCUUGAAUUUAAAUCAUCGUCGAACGUUGAUCGGAGAUGAGACGACGACCAGGAAUGGGCGGUUUACAAACUGCCGCCGCUGCUAGGGAUCAAUACAUACUAUUGGGAGAGAAUGUCGCCAAAUUACGAACCGAUCUUAUGAAAGAACAACUCUCCACUUUUCGUUCUCAGUUAGAAGACUUUGCUCGCAAACACAAGAAUGAUAUCAAGAAGAAUCUUGUUUUUAGAUCACAGUUUCAUGAGAUGUGUGCUAAAGUAGGUGUGGAUCCACUAGCGUCGAAUAAGGGUUUUUGGGCUGAGCUGUUGGGGAUUGGUGAUUUCUAUUAUGAGCUUGGUAAUGAUCUGGUUUAAGAUGUGAAUCUUGUAAUUGUUGACAUUUGGACACUAGGGCACCUGUCACAAAAGUUUGUUGAAUCCUAGGGUAAUCCCAGGAAGAAGAAGAAGAAGAUGAUGAUGGGGAAGUGAGUGUUUGGAUCGAUU